GGCAUGACAGCUGUCAGGAGCUGUCAGAGAGCUUAUCAAUUCCAUAUUUUAUAGCAAAUAAUGUCCCAGACAAGGUCCUACAAUAAUUUUGCCAAGGAGCCCACCAAGAGGCAAGUGAAGCAGCAAACUCCCAAAGGAUGUUGUUGCAAGCGUUCGCAAUGUAUUAAAAACUAUUGCGAUUGCUAUCAGUCGAUGGCAACUUGUUCCAUAUACUGCAAAUGCAUUGGAUGCCGCAACACAGAAGAGAGACUGGCGGUGCCAACGCCGCCGAAGAAAUCGGCGCAAAUUGCAAAGCGGGAACGAGCUGCAGCGCUGAGUGCAAAGGCAGCGGCAGCUGCUGCCAAAGCUGGCAUCAAUAUACAUCUCAAGCCAGCACCUGGCUCAGCUGCAUUUGUUGGUCAACAAUUUAGUAACCAAGUGCAGCCAUCGGUGGUGGCACUUACACCACAGAAGCCGGCGCCAGAUGCAAUCCAGCUGCCUGCUGCAGAUUUGUAUAAUGUCAUCACAUUGCCACCACCGAGUGCAGCUGCUCUGGGCAAGAAACCACAGCUAUCCACAACGCCAACAACAACGACAAACCCGAACCCGACUCCUGUGCCUCCAAAGGAUGUGAAUAUCUUUAAGCAGCCUAUAAAUGCGGCACUGCUCGAGUGUCUUGUCAUCCAGGCGGUUGAAGCCGAGGAUCUGGGAUUGACUGAGGUGCAGGUGGGCAAGGUAAUCUUUCACGAGUUUACACGUAGCCUAAAAUCCAUAAUAAAGGUCUAUAGUUCCUAAUAUAGCAAUCAAUAUAAUAUGAA